AUGGGCAACAUCCCUGUCCUGAACAUUGCUGAUCCGGAUUUAAUCCGGGACAUUAUGGUAAAGGACUUUCACGCGUUCACCGAUCGGACCAAAUUAUGGACAUCAGCCAAUCCGGUCACCGCCCGAAACAUUAACCAUUUGAGUGGCGACGACUGGAAACGCGUGCGAAAUAUAAUCAGCCCGGUCUUUACGAGCAGAAAAAUGCGCCAAAUGUUUCCCGAAAUAAGAGGCUGUUUGCAAACUUUUAUGACCCAUUUGGACAAUGAGGUGGUGCCCGUGGGCCAGAUGGAGCUCGUGAGCACCAUGGCCAAAUUUGCGAUGGAUGUGAUUGGUCGAUGUGUGUUCGCCACUCAAAUCAAUGUGUACACCCCGGGAGAAGACAUUUUCGUAAAAUUGGCGCAAGCUAAAUUUAAUUUCAGUCCAUGGGACGAGUUGUUUACCCUGAUAUUGCCUAAACGGAUCCAACGAUGGCUACGCGUGUCAGACCGGGAUGUGGAUCGAUAUUUUAUUGAACAUGUUAGAAAAGUUAUUCAGGAACGCAAAGAGAAACAACUAAGCCAACAAGAUGGUACUCAAAUUAAAUAUGUUGAUUUCAUCCAGCUACUUUUAGAUGCCGAUUAUAGUUCUAGCACUUCAACCAUUGAUACAAGCGAACAAUUACAUGAAGGGUCUGAAGAAUCAGCGAUGAGACGACAGGCAAUGAAUAUAGCGGUGACUGAAAAGCGGCUGACAGAGGAUGAGGUGAUCGCACAGGCGUUUCUCUUUCAUUUGGUCGGAUACCUGUCCACCAGUUUAACCGUUGGCUACACUGUCUAUGAGUUGGCAAUGAAUGAGACAAUACAGGAGCGUCUGUACGACGAGAUCGCCGGUGCCGUCGACGCCGACGGAGAGAUUGAUUACGAGACACUUUUAGGGCUCAAAUAUUUGGACGCAGUUUUCUCGGAGACCGCGCGACACCACUCGGCGGCCAUACCGUUAGCCCGUGUGGCCAACACUGACUAUAAACUCGGCGAUACCGGUAUUGUUGUGAAAAAGGGACAACAAGUAGAAGUGCCCAUUUAUGCCCUACACCAUUCGUCAGAAUAUUACUCUGAUCCGUUUCAAUAUAACCCUGAUCGUUUUAUGGGGGCUAAUAGGACCAGCAUUAUGCCGCAUGCAUACCUCCCGUUUGGCUCCGGGCCUCGCAAUUGCGUUGGUAUGCGCUUUGCAAUGAUUGAGAUUAAACUGGCCUUGGUACAUCUUGUGCUCCGGUACAAGUUUACCCGCCUGAUCCAUACCGAGAAUCCAAUUAACUAUCGUCGACUAAUUCACGUUAAGUUUCCACUUUCGCUUACCGUUGGUAUCAAUAAGAGAGAGUAG